AUGAAUUCAGAGUUUGAUAUCUUACUGGAUGACAGUAACGUGACACAGUUUGGGUUUCCUUCGUUUCCUUUGUCAUCUUCAAGUGAUCACAGCUAUGGAUAUGAGCCGUCAGUGGUGAAUGGGAAGCGCGACUUAGUGCAUACUAAUUCAGCACGGCCUCGUAAGCGUCGAAUUACUGACAGUUCUGAAGGGGAGAGUUCCGAGGAGGUUCAAAGUAGGUUGAAGUACUUUGAAGGAGCCAAAGCACUGCUUCCUCAAGCCUUUGAAGAGAUAAUUAGAGGCAAAACAACAUCUCAAUUACAGAGAUCGCUGGUUGAACUGCAACAUCUUUGCCAAUCGAUGGCUGAAGAUGAAGAGUUUAUUCACUCUUUGUGUUUGAAAGGAAAUGAGAUUUUUGAUGAUGAGUUGCUAUCGUCUUUUCAGGAUAAGUUGAUAUCUACAGAAGACGAUCCGAUGACAGCAUUUGUGGAAAUGUAUAGUGAUUGGUAUUUGAGAGUUCAAAGAUUGCAGCAGGUGUUCUUGAUCUUGGACAAUUCGAGGGUUUUUCGCAGGAGUUAUCUUGAGCGGCCCUUGAUUGCCUAUUGGAUGCUCAAAUUCAGUGCUGGAAUUAUAGAGAGUCGUCAGAGAAAUCCAGCAGACAUCACCUUAUUCGACAUGGAAGAGUCUCGUACACGUAACAAUAUUCUCCUUGGAUUGUGUGAUCUACUGAAGGAGUUGCUACAGAGCCCUCCAUAUAUUUUUGAAUCUCCUAAAGGUGUGAUAUUUGACCGAUUCCUGACCAUUAUGCAAGAUUUAAGAAUAUUUCAUUCUCAAGUUGACUCCUCCAAUGACACAGUUUUAAUUGCAACUCUUUCUUUGUGUUUCAAGAAAGCAGCUUCCGAUUUGAGAGACAAUUGGCUCUCUCUUGCAGCUGAGGAUUAUCUUGGACAUUGUGAAAAUGCCUAUAACCAGAUUGUGAUAAUUAUAGAUAUGCUAGGAAGUCGCUUGGGUGACAAGUUUACCCACGAGAUCAAUCUAUUUGGUGAAUCCGCCAUGAGCAUUUUAAUCAAGUCUGAACAAGUUCAGACUCGGAUUUUAACAAUAUUGUUUCCUGAUUUCCUUAACAAUCAUGCUCCUUGUGCUUUCCUUUACAAGGUGUAUUCGGUAAAUGUAUGGGACAUUGUGCCGUUGGUGGAGCUCUUCUGCGAAUCUGUCAGUACUUAUUUGCACGGCUGGCUACAAGAGCAGAUGCUUUCCUGUCAGAAGGCCUCCAAAGAUAAAUCCUACAGCAUCAUUGAGUCCUUAAUCGAGUACAUUCGAUCCGUCUCGGCUGCCAUUGAGAUCGCCUUUAAAGGAGAGCAAAGAUUCAUCUUCCAUUUCUCUACGACGUGCGAAAAAACUGUUGCUGACAUUGACCACUGUGACGAGUUUAUUGCUGAAAGUCUUGUUCACUAUAUUUUUGGCCGCAUGAGUGCGGAUAGCUCGGAUAAGACGAUCUCAAGUCAAGAUCAAGAAUUAUGGUCCUAUAUUAUGAAGAUACUCGUCAUGAUUCCUGAUAAGAAGCGUAUGUUCCUAUCUCGGUACAAAAUGCUUCUUUCCAGGCGAUUGCUACAUUCCAGUUUCAUUACUCCCUAUUCUAACACAAACGAUGAACCUGCUUGUCUCUGGCGAGAAAAAAGACUCCUUGAAAUGCUACAGGAAAACUUUGGUGUCGACUAUACCGAGAGCCUGAAUAAGAUGAUUGGCGAUUUAAGCCACAGUAACAAAGUGCUUUAUCAGUUUCGGCGGAAGGUUCACACUCCCGUUAAGUUGUCUUUUUGCUGUUUGAAUUCCAGCAAUUGGAGGCCACCUCCAGGGAAUCGCAGAGUGAACAUACCUGAUUGCUUAAGAGGUAUUGCUGAUAAAUACGAGGCUAUGCUCAGUCAAGAAAAUCCUGUUAUUUUUGAUUGGAAAUUCUAUCUUCAUAGAGUGACAAUUGCGAUCACUUUUGACGUCUCGGAUCCAAGUUCCUGUCAAACUGUUCAGUGCUCAAUAUAUCAGGCUGCCAUAUUACUUGCAUUUGAGGGCAUCGAUAUUUUGGAUAAAGUCUCCUUAUUAACCACUACAGGAAUGGAAGAGAACUUCCUUGAUGCCAAUUUGAAAUAUCUUACUGAUGGAUCAUAUAAGGUGAUGCUUCAAACCGAUAACAACUAUAUGAUCAAUGACAGUUUUAAGUGUGACAAAAAGAUUGUUAAACUUUCUACUAAUAUUUCUUCAUCAGUUCAAAGUACGACUGAAAUACCGGUUGCCGUCAGAACCGGUACCGAGAGAGAUCCUGUCGAGAUGCUUACAGCGAGACUGAGAGCUUUUAUGAUGAGAACCUUAAAGAAUUUAGGCCCUCGGAAGCACGAAAGGCUUACGGCAGAAGUCCUCGAAAGUCUUUCCAAAGAUAGGGUCGACUUUGAGGAGAUAUUGAAAAAUUCUGGUAGAUCCUUUACUACGUUAAUUAAGGAGACUGUUGAACAGUUAAUAGGCGAGGAAUUUAUAAGAAGAGAUGAUACCGAUGGAUAUAAGUAUAUUCCAUAG